UCCAAAAUAUUACGAUGUGAAAAUAUUUGUGGUGGGGACGGGAAGUUUAUAUUCGUAUGAUACCCGAGUUGACAGCCGCGAACUGAAAAUAGAAUCGGGAAGAUUCCUGAGAAGUGCUCUUUAUUUUAGUCUAUAAAUAUUGUGUUAAAACUAUAUUUAAUGACUGCGUAACGUUUCCUCGUUUGUGUGCAAUAAGUUUCUGGAGUUGAAACCAAAUCACGAUUCCUUUAAAAUUCACAUUCACAAGCUUUUUUGUGUUUAAGUAAUAAGUACAUCAUACAAAGAUCAUUCUUUAUCGAGGUUGCUUAUGAAGAGUUUAAAAAUGGUGGAGCAAGUAAAAGCAGCAGCAGCCGCGGCCGCGACGUCGGAGGGCGAGGCUGACGGCGAGCUGUCGCCGCUGCCGGUGCCGGGCGGGCAGCUGCCGCGGCGCCGCGGCGGCAUCAGCGCCGAACCCGUCACAGAAGAAGAUGCUACCAGCUACGUCAAAAAGGUGGUGCCAAAAGACUACAAGACAAUGGGAGCAUUGUCGCGAGCAAUCGCCUCUAAUGUGCUAUUUACACACUUGGAUGAAUCAGAACGGGCAGACAUGUUCGAUGCAAUGUUUCCUGUGCAAUGUCUACAAGGCGAAACAGUGAUCCAGCAGGGAGAUGAAGGAGAUAACUUUUACAUUAUUGAUUCUGGGGAAGUAGAGGUGCUGGUGAACGGCGAGCCGGUGACGACGAUCGGCGAGGGCGGCAGCUUCGGCGAGCUGGCGCUGAUCUACGGCACGCCGCGCGCCGCCACGGUGCGCGCGCGCUCGCCGCUCAAGCUGUGGGGCCUGGACCGCGACUCCUACCGCCGCAUCCUCAUGGGCUCCACCAUCCGCAAGCGCCGCAUGUACGACGAGUUCCUGUCGCGCGUCUCUAUACUUGAAAGUUUAGAGAAGUGGGAGCGGCUGACGGUGGCCGACGCGCUGGAGCCGGUGUCGUUUAGCGACGGCGAGACCAUCGUGCGGCAAGGCGAGCCCGGAAACGACUUUUAUAUCAUUGUUGAAGGCACAGCCGUAGUGCUGCAGCAGCGCGGCGGCUCGGCCGGCGGCGCGGGCGCGCAGGAAGCCGUGGAGGUGGGGCGGCUCGGGCCCUCGGACUACUUCGGCGAGAUCGCCCUGCUGCUAGACCGGCCGCGCGCCGCCACCGUGCGCGCCGCCGGCCCGCUCAAGUGCGUCAAGCUCGACCGCGCCAGGUUCGAGCGAGUGUUAGGUCUGUGUGCGGACAUCCUUAAAAGAAACAUCGCACAGUACAACAGUUUUGUUUCCCUUUCGGUGUAAGGAUCUAUACGCUGCGUACAACAUUUAACAGCAAGUGGCCGACAAAGCCGGCGGCAUGUUACACAUUUUAUGCCAUAUUAAGCUUGCGGAGCCGCUGACGCAAUGCGUUUGUCUGUAUCAGACUAUAUUAUGUUUCUGACUAUAGUAAAAUAUGUUAUAGGUGGCGUCGAACUUCUUGAAUUUCUCGCGUUCGUGUUUGCGUUGGUACAAUAAACAUAGCUAUUUGCACUAACCGCCAGUAAAUAUUAUACAUCGAGCAUUUCGAAUAGAUGAUCGCGCUGACCUCUACUAAUACAAGUACGCUGGACCUGCAAUUGCCGACCUGUUUUCGCUGAAAACAGUUUAUUGUUAAAUGCUAAUGCGAUCCUACUCGUCCACCGACUAUAAACACGCAAGAAGUUUGGCGUCACCUCAACGGCCAAAACAAGGCCAAUCUUGAAUCAGUGUAAUUUUAUAGCUGAAGCACAAAACUUACUUAAUAUAGAACUUCUAUUUUUAACCUUUUUCAAUGGAAUAUACUAAGGUGUGCUUAAAUUAAAAACAUGAACGAAUAAAUGUUCGAAGUUAUUGAAAGUAGUAUAAUAUCGAAAAAUUAUAGUGUUCAACAGAAUCUACGACUUCGGCCAAAUUGACCCGAAGUUUUUGCCGAAGCCGAAGGUUUCUAGCAAGCGCCGAAAUUGAACGAUCUGUUACAAAUGUUGUGGCGGUAUCGACCAGAAAUAGACAUUCUGCCGGACACUAAGAUAUUACUUUGCGUUUGACUCAACACUUUAAUUUAUUGCAAGUGCUAGAUGUUAGAUUAACCUAUAAGUAUUAUUGCUAUACUUAUUAUAACAGUACACAGAACUUUAGUCAUACUAAAUCAUUCUGUAGUGGUGCCUACUAAUAACAAUUUGUUUCUGACUAGUUGGUAAUGGCCUAAGAGCCAGCGCGUGCCAGACCUUCGUUAUUUUAUAAAUGCUGAAAGUUUCUGUGCGUUUUGUCCCCAAUACAGA